CACUACUUCUUGGGAUUGUGAGGUGCGACGGUGGUGGCGCCAAUGGUGCCCCCCAUAAGCCCAGAGGGCACUGGCCGGAGGGGUGCGGGUCCAAGUCCCGCUAUCACCCCAACCCUCUUCUACUCAUCUUCUCCACUACCCCUUACCGUGACGAAGCGCGAUAGUGGCACCGCCAACGGUAGCCCCGUGAGCCCGGGCCGAAAGGAAUGUCCUGCCGUCACCCCAACAAUUUCAUUUCUCUCCACUGCCCCUUCUACCAAUGGCCUCUCUGCCACAUGCCUCUAUGCAUGAGCAGGAUACCAACAGUCAGCGCGGCCACUUUAUCCAUCUAUCAGCUAACCGUGAUACACAUCCGCGAAAGCACCGUUUGCCUCAAUCCACCCGCAAGAACCGUGUAAUCGAACACCAACACAACCAUGGGUACACAGCAGCAAAUCAUGCGACCUGGGGGGCUGCUCACCUUACUAUAAUUGGCAUGGUGAACCCAUCCCCAACCCCCCAGAACUGCAUCCACUUCGAGGUCUUCGAGCAAUCUUCAGGAUCUGAAGAGCUAGAUAGAAUUUGCGAAUGCGCGGUCCGACCCGUCUUACAGUCCUGUAUAGCUCGGCAUCGUCCCAACCUUACCCCACCAACCCGUGGCAGACUCUCCAAAUUUCUGAGGGAAUUCCCCGUAAUCAGCGCAGUGGGUCGGUGGGAGCUUAUCUCAAGUAUCCUAGCGCCGCAUCCACUUUGGGAUCUUCUGCCGAUUCUUGGGGUCCAAAGGAAAUUUCGCGACCUUGGCUGGGCCACCUUAUAGCGAUCCUCGGCUGGAUGCAUCGUUUCAAUCCUAUUCUUCUGGCUCGCAGAGCCUCCAAACUGGCGGAAAUAUUCAUUGUACGCAGGCUGGACCAGCGGGACCUCGUUCUGAGCCCCCCCAGGUUGCCGCCCCAAGACUGUCUUUUGGCGGUUCUCUGGAUACCCUCAGCUAGAUGCAGGACGAUCUUCAGUGCCACGACAUGCGACAGCGUUGAAUAAUGACUAGGUUGCUAAUUUUGUAGCCUAGCUGACGGAAUUUCGGCCCAGU